AUGCAGUCUUAUCCUAAAAGUAAAAGAAAUAUAUCAACCCGUAGUGCAAAACCACGAAAAAGAAAGUUCCAUGGAAAUCAACACUGUAAUAACGAUGAAGAAAAUACAGAGCCGCAGAGUACAAGUGCGAAAAAACUCUCUACCGCUGACGAAGAUGAUGUCCAUUACAGUGCGCUUCGAGGCUAUCGGUUAAUCGAGUUUUUUACCGUGUUUACAGCAUUGUCAGAUAUUUUGAUAUGUCGCGAUUGUAAAUUACCUGUGAAAUUUGAAGAAAGUGGUAACAGAGGUUUAGGUUUUAAAAUCGUCGUGAUAUGCAAUGCAAAACCACGAAAAAGAAAGUUCCAUGGAAAUCAACACUGUAAUAACGAUGAAGAAAAUACAGAGCCGCAGAGUACAAGUGCGAAAAAACUCUCUACCGCUGACGAAGAUGAUGUCCAUUACAGUGCGCUUCGAGGCUAUCGGUUAAUCGAGUUUUUUACCGUGUUUACAGCAUUGUCAGAUAUUUUGAUAUGUCGCGAUUGUAAAUUACCUUGGUACAGAGGUUUAGGUUUUAAAAUCGUCGUGAUAUGCAAGUGUGGUCUCAGAAACAUAUUUUCUGGACCAUUAAUCAAUAAUGGAUAUGAAGUAAAUCGCAGAAUUGUGUUUGUGAUGCGUCUUUUAGGUGUUGCUAGGGAGGGAAUCAACUUAUUUUGUAAUAUGAUGGACAUUUGUAAUGGUUUAUCUGAAAGUACAUACAAUGCUAUCGUCUUGCUGUUACACACCACUACACAGUCAUUAUUUAAAGCUUCUUGUAAUGCAAAUGAAUGUUAUAAUUCUACUGUCUGGCGACUCUGUCCAAAACAUCUGAACUCUGGACUGAAGAUCGUAGAAAUUAGUGCUUUUAUAGCUGCAGGGUUGUUCAAUGAUGGAUUUAACUUUAUCUUACGAGUUAUGAACUCAAUGCAAAUAGUUAUUGGCCGCCAACUCAUGUCGUACAGAGAAAAAAUCGAUGAUCAAAGGGUGAGUCGAGAAAAUCGCCGCAGCUCUUUGACGACCAAACAAGCUCGUCAAGCAUGUCUACAGGAACUUACAAAGAAAAACGAAUCACCGUACGAGAAGUAA